CCCUGGUGACCACCUCUCUUUACCAUAACAACAGCAUCUCCCCCCGCGUCACCGCCGCUCUGGCGGGAGGGGGACGGGGACGGGGGGACGGGCGGUCGUGUGGACCAAUACCGGGAGCGGACUGAGCAUGUCUCCUCUCGGAUAGCCAAUGACGUGGGUCGGUGGGCGGUUCUUUGUCUGUGUUCUGAUUGAAGCAGAGCGGUUUGUAUUAGCUGGAGGAACAGGGGAUCAGGAAGAGGUAAAUAUCCCUGAUGCUCUGGGAGGAUGCGUGUAGUGCUGGAGUGCCGCUGAGCAGCGCUGCAUGUGCUCUGAUCAUCUCCUCUCCAGACGGCGCUUCAUCGUCUCCGGGACCGCGGACAUCGUCUCCCCCCGAGCGGCGCUGUGUGAGCGGGGAUGCAGCAGACAGACUGCGCAGAGAUGCCUCCGUCCAACGUGACGAAACAGGGCGUCUGAUCUUCCCUCCAACGCCUCUUUGUUUUUAUCGUGCGGCCGUGGAUCUACCGGCGGUGCGGUGUCUCGGAUGGGCCUCCGGGAACCCGGGCGCCUCGGUGUGUGUGUGUGAAGAACGAAUAAAAUACAUCGUUUUUAUCGUCGGUGAGAGUGUGAGGAGUCCCUGGUCGCGGGGGAGGCUUCCAGUCCAGAUGAGAGGCAAACAGUAUAAUCAACAGCUGAAGUUGACGGCGCCCUGGGAGAAGGAUGCUGGCUACGGCAGGAAGCUCAAGACGUACCGCAACCACACCAAGAUCAUAGCCCAGCCCGGCAUCGUCAUGAAGGUGCUCCGGCGGAAGCGCAUCGUGCUGUUCAUGGCCUACUUCCUGCUGCUGGUGCUGACCAUGCUGAACCUGGCCAACUACAAGUGGACCAAGGAGCCGCAGCAGUGCAACCACCAGAUGAGGAGCACGUCCUACCAGAGCCGCUCCGACAUCCGCUUCCUCUACCGGCCCUCGCUGGCCAAGAAGCGGCAGUUGGUGUACGUGCUGACCACCUGGAGGUCCGGCUCCUCCUUCUUCGGCGAGCUCUUCAACCAGAACCCCCACGUCUUCUUCCUGUACGAGCCCAUGUGGCACAUCUGGCAGAAGCUGUACCCGGGGGACGCGGUGUCGCUGCAGGGCGCCGCGCGGGACAUGCUGAGCUCGCUGUACCGCUGUGACCUCUCGGUGUUCCAGCUCUACAACAGCCCCGGGGGCAAGAACUUCACGUCGCUGGGGCUGUUCGGGGCCACGCUCAACAAGGUGGUGUGCUCCUACCCGCUGUGCUCGGCCUACCGCAAGGAGGCGGUGGGCAUGGUGGACGACAAGCUGUGCAAGAAGUGCCCGCCGCAGAGCCUGCGCCUGCUGGAGGAGGAGUGCCUGAAGUACGGCACCGUCGUCAUCAAGGGCGUCCGCAUCCUGGACGUCAACGUGCUGGCGCCGCUGAUGGAGGACCCCUCGCUGGACCUCAAGGUGAUCCACCUGGUGCGGGACCCCCGCGCCGUGGCCAACUCCCGGAUCAAGUCCCGCCACGGGCUGAUCCGGGAGAACCUGCAGGUGGUGCGCAGCCGGGACCCCAAGCUGCGCCGGGUCCCCUUCGUGGACCCGGGCCACAAGGCCAACAAGAAGGACGGCUCGGACUACCACUCCAUCGGCGCCAUGGAGGUGAUCUGCGAUCGCACCUCGCGGACGCUGCGCUCCGCCCUGGCGGCCCCGCCGUGGCUCAAGGGGCGGUACAUGGCGGUGCGCUACGAGGACCUCGUGGAGGACCCGGUGAAGACCCUGCGGAGCGUCUACGGCUUCGCCAACCUCACGGCCAACCGCGACAUCGAGCAGUUCGCCCUGAACAUGACGAGCGGGCCCAGCUCCUCGUCCAAGCCCUUCAUCGUGUCGUCGCGGAACGCCACGCAGGCGGCGAGCGCCUGGAGGACGGUGCUGAGCAUCCAGCAGAUCAAGCAGGUGGAGGACUACUGCCACCACGCCAUGGCCGUGCUGGGCUACGACCGCGUGCGCACGGCCGGCGAGGCCAAGGACCUGAGCCGCUCGCUGCUCAGCCCCUCCAAGCUGUGA